AUGAGCUACCUGGAUGUGGACAGCUGCAUGCUAGCUUCCAGCGGCUACCAAUCCGCCAAGAACUUCCUGCUCCUGGACGAGCUGCCCUCCCCGCUCGACGCAUGCGGCCCAGACCGCGGCGCGCCGAGGGGCGGCGUCCUCAGUCAGCUGCCCGCGCCGGGCCUGCUGCUGCCGCUGCCGGAGGACGACCCCACGGCUUGCGCGGGCAUGCAGCCGCCCGCCAUGCACCACAACUACCACCAUGCGGUGGCGGCGGCGGCGUCGCAGCAGCAACCCCACCAUCACCCUCUGGCGGGCGGGAGCUGCCGGGAGCCCGCCUUUGGGCCCGCUGCGCCUGCGCCGUUCGCGCCAGCCGGUGAACUGCAGCAGCUUCACGCAUGGCAGAGCAUGCUCACGCAGCAGCAACAACAGCAGCAGCAGCAGCCGUACUACCAGCAGCAGCUGCUGCUACAGCAGCAGUACACUCACAUGCAGCAGCCGGCGCACGCGCACGCGCUGCCGCAGCCGCGGCGGGUGUACCAACUCGUCCUCUUGGACGACGCCACCGGCCGCCCGCUGCGCACCGCCACCGACGACGACGCAGCGCAUGUCGCGCGUAUGCUCGAGUCUGACAGCGGCAGCAGCGGGCUCAGCGCGACCGCCUCGCUGCCGCGCGCGAUGUCGUUCGUCGGCAGCGCGGGCGCCGUGGCCGCGAUGGCUGCGGCGGCGGGCAACGAGGAGGAGGAGGUGGGCGAGGAGGUCGGCGCGGCGGCGGCAGGCGGUGGCGGCAGCGGCGGCGGCGCCAGGGAUCAAGGCAAUGCCAAGCGCCGCAACAGCGGCAAGGCAGCCGGUGGCGGCAGCAGCGUCGGGGCGCGCUCGCAGCAGGAAGGGGACCAGCGGCAGCAGCGGCCCGAGGGUUCGGCGUCACCGGCGCAGCUGCUGCGUGCACAGGCCCCCAAGCCUGCCGCAGAGAAGCGGACGGGCCCCUGCAUGCACUGCGGCGUGGACGAGUCGCCGCAGUGGCGCAAGGGGCCGCCCCACAAGAGCGUGCUGUGCAACGCCUGCGGGACCCGCUGGCGGCGCACGCACCAGCUUGGCCCGCCGGUGGCCUCCUCUGUGCUGAGGGCAGCCGGCGCCGCCGGCAGCAAGCGCAAGGCCCAGGAGUUUGGUGGCGACAGCUGA